UCAUCUGAAUUCCCUGAAGGGAUGCGAGUUGUAUUGUGCGCUAUUCAAUCAGAAUACGUUUUCAACGCAUAAAGACAACCCUAAAGUGCUACAAAAUAAAACAAGUCCGUACACUAUCGAAACUAUCGAUAUUGGACACUUACAUCGAUACUAUCGAUUGCAAAAAGCGACUCCCAUUGAUAAAUUGAUAUCGGGGCACUCACUAUUGCAAUACAUCGAUAGUCCGAUGUAUUGUUACAUCCUUAGUUGAUAGCCGUUCUUCCAAGACUACAAGGAUGUUCCUUUUGUUUUAUAGAUAAACGUGUUUUCCAGUUGCUAGGAAAUGACAUUGAUUAUUUUCAGCUUUGUCUUAUCUUUUUGCUCUUUGACAAUUGGACACAAAGCCCCAGAUGCAUAUAGGAUGCUGUUCAUUUAUCUCAGAUGAUUGCAUAAGCAUUUGUCUGCUUGGAGGUUGUGUACAUGUUGUGCUCAGGAGAUCACUUUCCCCAUCUUUUAGGCAUGUUGGUGCUUCAGAUUACAUUACUUUUGUGUAUAAAUAAUGUCAACAGUCUGAACGUUGAUGAUUAUGUGAACUCCAUGCGACGUCCACAGCUACCUGGGUCGGUAUUGUGGACUGGCACUACAAGGAUGUUUCAAACAUGUUCCUCUCUGUGCCACCAUUACACCGGAUGCCGAAGUGUCCACUACCGACAUGUGACCGGAACUUGUACCCUCCUGGCUGCAGUAGGGAAUCCGCUUUCUGUAUCCUUUCAAUCGACUCACGCUUGCAAGUCUGCAGUUUGCGACAAUGGACAAUUCUGUGUGCCCGUGGAAUCUGCAAGAAAACAUAUAUGCAUCAAGUCAGAAGGAAGACCUUCAACAAUCAUUCAAUCAUCUAGGGGGACUUCGAUAACUACACAGUCACCAGGAGGAACAUCAACAACUACACAGUCACCCGGAGGAACUUCAACUACACAAUCACCCGGAGGACCUUCCAAAACUACCCAGUCACCUGGAGGAACUUCAACAACUACCCAGUCACCUGGAGGAACUUCACCAACUACCCAGUCACCGGGAGGACGUUCAACAGCCACACAGUCACCCGGGGGAAUUUCACCAACUACCCAGUCACCCAGAGGAACUUCAACAACUACCCAGUCACCCGGAGGAACUUCAACAACUACCCAGUCACCCGGAGGACCUUCAACAACUACCCAGUCACCCGGAGGAACUUCAACAACUACAUUGUCACCCGGAGGAACUUCACCAACUACCCAGUCACCCGGAGGAACUUCACCAACUACACAGUCACCCGGAGGAACUUCACCAACUACCCAGUCACCCGGAGGAACUUCACCAACUACCCAGUCACCCGGAGGAACUUCAACAGCCACACAGUCAACUUUCUCAUCGGACGGAGAAUCCACCGUGGGACCUGCAGAGAGUUCUGGCGGAGUAUCGUCCGGUAGUUCAUCUGGGGGUACAUCCGAUGGCCCUGCUACAGGAACAAGUUACAUCUACACUUACCGCCAUGUAACGAUGUCCUGGGAUGAUGCUCGCGUUGAGUGCAAGAAGGACGGCGGGGAUUUGAUGUCCUUUGACACACCUGAAAAGUUAAUGGCUUUGGAGGACUAUUUUGUCACUUAUAGGCAGUCCCACAGUGUGUAUAACAGUGUGUGGGUUGGAGUAAGGAAGAACACAAUGGAUGGUCUUUUCUACUGGGCUAGCAGCAACGUCCUCGGCAGCACCGUUACGUGGGCAUCUGGGCACCCUUCAUCGAGAACCACUUGGCAAUGCGGAUACACAUCCCCAUUCGAAAAUUUUGUGAUGAGAACCUACCUGUGUAGUCAUUCUCUUGCCUUUAUCUGUGAAACAUCAGGACAAUGAUUGUCGCUGACGCUGGUGUUUUUCGCAUCCAAACUCUAAACUCUAUGAACUUUACAUGUCAAUUACAUAGCAUACAAUGUACAAACAUAACAACUGUUAUCAGUUCAUAACUGCUCCAAGAAAAUCCGUACACCACUGAAUAAUCUUAAAGCAAAACGUGGCAAUGCAGGGAAAACAUAGUUAUAGAUAUUUGUAUAACGACACACACUAAACGAAUCAUCAAUCACGCAUAAUGAUGUGGGUAUAUUUAAGGGUGGACUUGGAACAAACUUAUCGGCAGUCCCAGCAAGGACUAUUCAAGUGGUCUAAAAUAAACUGUGUGGGUCUUAUUACCCAAAUUUCAUGAAGAUCAAUCAUGCAAUUCGUGACUACCAUCAUGAAACAAAUAUUUCACAAAUUAAACAAGAUUUCACACAAGCAUCGUUAAGACUUAAAUUGGGAACCGGUUGGCAUGGUAUGAUCGGUAUUAAAUCGUUGAUAUUCGGUAAUAGUUGUGCAAUUCGUCCAGUAUGUAAAACGUACACAUCAAGUUGGACAGGUACACUUUCUAAAACCAAAUCAACUAUGCAUUCCAAAACAACAUCCGUGGCUAUUAAAAAAUAAGUAGUAAUUCGCUUUUGAAAGUUAUACAUUAGAAACAUAGCAGGUAUAUAUAAUACAUCGAAAUAUCCAAGUGUAUACUCUUAACAUUUUUAAUUUGGGUUAUUAAUUUAUUAUUAUAUUUAUUAUAGUAAAUUAUUGUUCUGAGAAGUGUUCAGUAGCACUGGCCAUGAUGGGUAGCCUAUAGUACAUUCUUUUCCACAAUAUUUAUAACAUAUUUAGCAGAGUAAAUUUCAUCAUGUCGAUAAUGGCAUCUGGAAUUAAUUUGAUCGUAAAGAAAACUAAACGUCAGUGUGUACCUCUCAUAAUCAUGAUAAGAAGGAUACUGUGAAAACCAUCUUGUUCCCUAUUUCU